AUGAUGAAGGAUUCAAUUGGUAUGCAGCGGAAAAUCCCCGAAGCCUUCCUUUUGUGGUCCUCUCCUCUCUGCGUUUUCCUGAACUCAGUGACUCAGCGAACUCGUCUUCGUCUACAAGUGAAACACCACCUGCGAGCGGUUGAGCUACGAGCGGCAAAACCUGUGAAAUCAUUUGCAGAUAGAGAGGGGGCACUGCUCCAACCAGUGCUUCCCGCUACAGUCCACCGCCAAAACCCAAUUCCAGCAACCGCUGGAGCCGUGUCCGAGAUCCAACGGUGGAUGCUGCAAAUCCUAUCGGAGGUUGACUCGUGUCAUCGGAAUUUGGUGGUCCGCCGCGAUUUGAAGCCCUGUAAAUUGUUGUUUGGGGACGAUGGAGUUCUCAAGCUGGUGGAUUUUGGUCAGGCUAGGAUACUCUUGGAUCCGGGAUAUGUUCCUGAUGAAAACCCACAACCGCAUGAACGAAGCGCUCUCAGUCAGGGUGCCUUUCAGCCACCUGAAGUGAUUCCCGGAAAAGGAUGA